UGGCACGGGCGUCGUGGAGCAGCAGUGCCACGGCCAGGCCGGCAGAGCAGUGCCCAUCGUCAGCGGCAGCUUCUGGGGGGCGGUGGGCGCCACGCCCAGCCUCGGCCGGAGCAGGUGUGGCAGUCGCCUCGGACGAGACUGUGGGGAGAGCGCUGCGGACACGGACUGGUGCCCCACUGGGACCGCAAGCGGGAGCGCCGCUGGCCAUCAGUCGGAGUCGGAGUCGGACUCCGUCGCCUCGGGCAGUCGCUGCUCCUGGGCGGAGAUGAGCGACGUUAGCCAGCCGUGCUUCCACUUCAGCACGAAGUCGGGUUGCCUCAACGGUACCAGCUGCAACUUCUGCCACUUCGCGCACGCGAUCAAGCCCAGGUCGCGGCCCAGCAAGGCCGCGAGGAUGCAGUGCAAGAGGCUGCUCGAGACGCUGGACAGCAAGGGCGAGGGCGACCUGCAUGCCGCUCUGGGACUGGCCGACGCCCUGGCGACGCGGCAGAACGUGGACGAGUACAUGCUCAGCCUCCUCAGGGCGAGGGGCCGGCAACAGGCGGCGGGCGAGGGCAGGAUGCUCGGCGACCCUCGCGGG